UCCCCCUUCCAUGUCGGAGGUGCUCUCCGUCUUCUUCCGUUGAGGAACCACCGUGGGUCCGCUGAUCAUUGCAAAGGUGCGCGAGGGACGCGCGGUCCGCACGGUGUCGAGCUAGCAUGAUCGAUGUAUGUUGGAGAGUUUUUUCCCUCUACUGAAUUCUUGGAAAUUCAACAAGCGUAUAUGCCAUCAUCUCCACAUUCGCCUCCUCUCCAUGGUAUCGACAUCUAUGGAUGAAGUUCAACUUCGCAUGUCAACAGUGUCAGCUCCAUCUAAGGCUCCAAGAGAUGUUCGAUCACAUUCUACUGCAUUACCAGCUAUAAUCGCUUUCAUCCGCUUCGCUCAAAAAUCGAUCUACAUCGCAAGCGAGGGGAGGAGGGCAUGUAUAGCUAAAAGUAACCCAAGUCUCGCAAGGUCCAGCAUCAAGAAAUUCAUGGGUAUCGGAUCUCAGCAGGCACCAAGCGCCAGAUCUCAUACUCAUACGGCAAGCAGAAUUGUUUAUACACCCGCAGCAGAGCCGCGGUCCGCCGAGGAACGCCAAGAGGAUCGAUAUCUGGGAAUUCGAACACGUGAGCCACGAUUGCGCCGCGCACAAACUGCCCGCGCUUCAAGGAUUUUGCGGGGUUUGAUUGGGAAAGUCUUCGUUAGAGAUGCAAGCUUGGGACAGAGAUCUGGGUCGUGGCAAGCAACUGUCCUGCCCUUCCCGUGCUCCCGCUGCGCCACCUCCAGGCCCGAAAUGGCUUCACCUGACACACGAACAUUGCAUCUUCAAUGUGUCCCUGUACCGUUCCUUCGCCAAAGAUCGAAAGGUUUGACACAAAAGCUCAGACCUUUCGUAACUUCAACAAGCAUAUGCCUUGUGUUCAAAACAGAAUAGGUGUCUGAGUUCGGCUGAAAAGCGAGCGCUUGCGAAAUGAAGAUCGGACACCAUAUACUGGGGUAUCGCAAGUCCAAAGCUCCACA